AAAUCUGUGAAUAUUGUGAAAUGUGACGGUGUGGUGUUGAGUGCUCUGGUUAAAUUAAUAUUUAUGGUGUUAAAGGCGUAAUUCUGUAAUUGCGAAAACUCUAACAAGUUACGGUAUUUUUCAUAGCUGCUUCUGUUAGCGCUAACUGAGCCCGCUACUGCUCUACAGUCUACGUGUUUUUGCGGUUGACUUCCUUUGUGUCCAUUGUUAUUGGAUAUUAUAAGUGAAAUUUUAAAGAUGCCUAUAUUAUUCAGUGUAGUUGCCAGAGGCACAGUUGUUCUGGCUAAAUAUGCUACAUGUGCUGGAAAUUUUACUGAAGUAACAGAGCAAAUAUUAUCCAAAAUUCCUCCACACGACGACAAACUUACCUACUCUCACGGGAACUAUCUGUUUCACUACAUUGCAGAGAAUAAAUUAGUUUAUUUUUGCAUUACUGAUGAUAAAUUUCAAAGGUCGAGGGCUUUCCUCUUUCUCAAUGAAAUUAAAAGAAGAUUUACAACGGUAUUUGGAGAUACAGCUCAAACCGCCAUUCCAUAUGCAAUGAAUAGUGAAUUUGCGAGAGUACUGGCCACAGAAAUGAAACAUUACAGUGAAUCUAAAGACCUGGAAACAAUAUCAAGAGUCCAUGGUGAACUAGAUGAAUUAAAAAACAUCAUGGUUAAAAAUAUUGAUAGCAUGGCGAUGCGAGGUGAAAAAUUGGAGCUUCUUCUGAAUAAGGCAGAUAAUUUGGCAACAAAUUCGGUGUCCUACAGAACAUCAGCGAGAACACUCCAGCGAUCUCUGUUUUGGAAGAAUGUUAAAAUGUAUGUCAUAAUGGCUGUUAUAUUUGGGUUCGCUAUUUACUUGAUUGGCGCCAUGGCUUGUGGAGGUUUGGCGUGGCAGACCUGCGUUGGUUAGGCGAUAUUUUAUACAUACCAUUCGUAGAUUUACUCGAUAGUAAUCACUAUUGACAAUAACCGAAUCUCCUUGUCCAUUCGACAUUGUCAGAAUGAGUUUGACAGCUCGGUGUAGAUAGUCUGUAUUGCAACAGUUAAAAAGAUGAAGUGUCAGAACACAUUUAAAAGUUUAUUGCUCGUAAAUAAUAUACAGUAAAACGGAAAAACUAAUUGCUAUAUAAAUUUCCAUAACAGAUAAUUUACGAAAAAAUAAUUUAACUGUUAAUAAAUGGUUACGCAACAAUUUGAGUAUGUAUUAUUUCCGUUGUAAAUGGACUAAAAACACGUCAGAAUAUAAAAUAUCUAAACAGGUCUCCGUAUUAUGAAUAGUAUUUUACGAGCUUGAAAUAUUUCUAAGUAUUAAUUGAUCGAGUAAAUAUACGAAUGUUUAUUAAAACGCCCGUAAAAAUCAGUUAUAUUAACAGUCUCUCGUCUCUUUCUGUCAAAUUGUGUUUAGGGAUCGUUCAAGUUUACGUCACGCAAUUUUUGGAGAUUCUUGCCCCUCCCCCCCAUGAAACGCACCGUAACAUUUUCUG